GCCUUCCUCAGCCGUUCAUUGCAACCGCCCGCCUACUCGAUUAGCUUCUCGAGAUCUCCCGGGCGUUGCCAUGGCCAUGCAGGAGCAUAAGCCGCUGGCGGCCAUGGUGGUGGUGCAGUGCAUCUACGCGGCCAUGGCGCUCUGGGCCAAGGCCAUGUUCAGCCGCGGCAUGAGCCCCAUGGUCUUCGUCGUCUACAGGCAGGCCAUCGCCACCCUUGUCCUCGUCCCCAUCACCUUGCUUGCCAACAGGAAAAGGCUGAGGGAGAUUGUUUGCAUCGGAACGACGGGCUUCGCGCUGGUGUUCUUGGCCUCUCUUGUCGGGGCGACGGCGAAUCAGUACAUGUACUACCAAGGCAUGUACCUGGGAUCAUCGUCCAUGGCGACGGCCAUGACGAACCUUAUACCGGCGAUCACCUUCGUGCUGGCGACGUCAGUAGGUCUAGAAAGCGUGGAGAUCAGGAAGCCGCGAAGCAUGGCCAAGGUAUUCGGCACCGCCGUCUGCGUCGGAGGCGCCAUGGUCAUGGCCUUCUUCAAGGGCCCCAAGCUGCUGGGGGUCGGCGGCGGCGCCGGGCUGGACCUCUACGGCCUGCUUCUCAGCUCGCCGGCGAGCCGGAAAUGGGUGAUCGGCGCGCUGUUCCUCGUGGGCAGCAGCUCCUGCUGGUCGCUCUGGCUCAUCCUGCAGGUGCCGAUCUGCAAGUCGUACGUGGAUCCCCUGACGCUGUCGGCCUGGAUGUGCUUCCUGUCCGUGGCGCAGAUGGCGUUGCUCAGCUCCUUCGCGGUGCCGGACAUGGACGCCUGGAAGAUCAACUCGCUCUUCGAGCUCAUGGGCUGCAUCUUCGCCGGCGCGGUUGGGUCAGGGGUGACGUUCUACCUGCAGUCGUGGUGCAUAACGGUGAGGGGGCCUCUCUACUCGGCCAUGUUCAACCCCCUCUGCACCGUCGUCACCACCGUGCUCGCCACCAUCUUCCUCCACGAACAGCCGCACAUCGGAAGCUUGUUGGGUGCGUUCGCCGUGGUCGCGGGGCUGUACAUCGUGCUGUGGGGCAAAGCAGGGGACGUCAAGACCCGGAGGGCGGCGGAGCGCGCCGAUGAUCUGGAAAAGACAUGGUCGGACUCGCAGCUCCUCGACGCGGAAAGCACGACCACCGAGCCGCUCCUAGCGGACGACAACCGGAUCGAGAAGUAGGGGCUCUGCAAUUUUGGAAUAGCCGGUGACCUCAGCUCAUGGUCUUAUAUAUGAGCUCUAUAGCUCCAGCCUCCAGGGUUGUUUUUCGAGGGAGAGUACUAGUGUGCUGGUGGAGCAUGUGGCCAUGGCCAUGGCCAUGAUGACGCCGCUAAUGUACAAAAAGAUGAGAUAAUGCCCGUAAAUGUUGUUGAGUCCCACAAAUUUAAGAUGAGCUAGGGCAUUACCAGUUACGGCAACA